AGCACCGGCGGACCCCCUCCUCUUUCUACCCCUCUCCUGGUCGUCUUGACAUCGUCACCUCGCCCAAGAUGAGCGCGGCCCAGGCGAACGAAGCGGAAAAGAACAUUGAGAUUUGGAAGGUGAAGAAGCUCAUCAAGCGCCUCGAGGCAGCUCGCGGAAAUGGAACCUCCAUGAUCUCUCUUAUCAUUCCCCCCAAGGAUCAGGUAUCCAGGGCCGCCAAAAUGCUGGCGGAAGAGUUUGGCACUGCUUCCAACAUCAAGUCCCGGGUCAACCGACUUUCCGUUCUGUCUGCCAUUACCUCCACGCAACAGCGUCUCAAGCUUUACAACAAGGUCCCUCCCAAUGGCUUGGUCGUGUACUGUGGUGAAAUCAUUACGUCCGAGGGUAAAGAGCGCAAAAUCAACAUUGAUUUCGAGCCCUUUAAACCCAUUAACACGUCGCUUUACCUCUGUGACAACAAAUUCCACACUGAGGCACUCAGCGAGCUACUUGAGUCGGAUCAGAAAUUUGGCUUCAUUGUCAUGGAUGGAAACGGAGCUCUCUUUGGCACGCUGAGUGGGAACACUAGAGAAGUGCUCCAGAAACUGAGCGUCGAUCUGCCGAAGAAACACGGUCGUGGUGGACAGUCGGCUCUCCGUUUUGCCCGUCUUCGAGAAGAGAAACGUCACAACUAUGUCCGCAAAAUCGCUGAGUUGGCCGUCCAGAACUACAUCACAAAUGACAAGAUCAACGUUGCGGGCCUGAUUCUAGCCGGUUCUGCUGACUUCAAGAACGACUUGAACCAGUCCGAUAUGUUCGAUGGACGCCUGCAAUCCAAGGUCAUCAAGGUGGUUGACGUCUCUUAUGGUGGAGAAAACGGCUUUAAUCAGGCUAUCGAACUUGCUUCCGAGACAUUGAGCAACGUCAAGUUUGUCCAGGAGAAGAAGUUGAUUGGCAAAUACUUCGAAGAGAUCAGCCAAGACACCGGAAAGGUUUGCUACGGUACAGAUGAUACGCUCAAGGCCCUCGAGCUCGGUGCGGCAGAGGUCCUCAUUGUCUAUGAGAACCUGGACAUCACCCGAUGGGUUCUGAAGACCUCCAGCGGCUCUGAGGCCAUCGUUCACACAUCGAAGUCUCAAGAGGACAACCGGGAGUUGUUUACCGAUAAGGAAACUGGCACUGAAAUGGAAGUUGUUGACCAGUCUUCUUUUCUGGAGUGGCUCGCCGAGAACUACAAGGAUUUUGGUGCCACCCUAGAGUUCGUUUCGGACAAAUCCAGUGAGGGUAAUCAAUUCGUGAAGGGCUUUGGUGGUAUCGGCGCCAUCCUUCGAUACAAGGUCAAUUUUGAACAGCUUGCCGACUAUGAUGAUGAGGACGAGUUUUACGACGGGAGCGAGGAUGAACGGCCAGAAGUUCCGCAAGCGGAUCUUUUGACGGCUCGCCCUAUACAAGGUGACGGUGGUUUCCAUGGUCAGGUCAUGGUUCCCCUGGUUACUACUACCUUGACGUCGCCUGGAAAGAGCUCUGUGAAGCUGCUCGGAGGUGUGUGGCCAUCCAAGCUCCGUAACAUUUUAACUGAGGCUGUCUAGGUGGAUACUUCAGGUAAACUUGAGAUGUGUUUUGAACCUUAAAGGGGUGGUGGAUCGUCAAAUUAUCUUUGCAACAAUUCCUUCGGAUUGUCGGACUUUGAUGACUUUUAAGCUAACGGGUGGAGGAUCGUUUCGUCCUGGCACACACAGCUGGGUCGGGCUUGCUUUUACGCUAUCAUUUAUUCUCCAUAGGCAUGCUCUUUUUUGUAAGGAUAACAACAAUGCGUCGCAUUCAUCGCCCCACAU